UAUUUCCUGUUAAAUACGUCAUGGAGCGCUUAGGGUUUUGUUAUCGCCCUUAAAGGCAAAUCGCAGCCGCGUUUUCAGCCAAGGAAAGGCCGCCAUGGGACGAAGACCUGCGAGAUGCUACCGCCAGAUCAAGGGUAAGCCAUACCCGAAAUCACGGUACUGCCGAGGUGUUCCUGACGCAAAGAUCAGGAUCUACGAUGUCGGGAUGAAGAGGAAAGGAGUCGACGAAUUCCCCUUCUGUGUCCAUUUGGUAUCAUGGGAGAAGGAAAACGUAUCAAGCGAGGCAUUGGAAGCAGCUCGGAUUGCUUGCAACAAGUACAUGGUCAAGUCUGCUGGAAAGGAUGCCUUCCAUUUGCGGGUUAGGGUUCAUCCAUUCCAUGUCCUGAGGAUCAACAAGAUGCUUUCGUGUGCCGGAGCUGAUAGGCUCCAGACUGGAAUGAGGGGUGCCUUUGGAAAGCCACAGGGUACUUGUGCCAGGGUGGCGAUCGGACAGGUGCUUUUGUCUGUCCGUUGCAAGGACAAUCAUGGUCACCAUGCUCAAGAGGCUCUUCGUCGUGCUAAGUUCAAGUUCCCUGGUCGUCAAAAGAUCAUUGUCAGCAGGAGAAGGGGCUUCACAAAGUUCAGCCGAGCUGAUUACUUGAAGUUUAGGCAAGAGAAACGUAUUGUUCCUGAUGGUGUCAAUGCUAAGUUUCUUUCGUGCCAUGGACCGUUGGCAAAGCGGCAGCCGGGACAAGCUUUUUUGCCGGCCACAGUUUAAGUUUCUGAAGUGUAGUUUCUUCCGGUGAGAGGAACAUAAUCUGUCUUGAAAUAUUUUCCUCAAUUUGGUGUUUUUGUUUGUUUUGGUUUGAUCAGGUUUCAUUAUCUCUGUCUUUGUGAGACAACUUAAAACGUCUGUGAUGAUGUUAUUGUUUCGACAUUUGUCUCUUUGUUCUAGACUUAAUCCUUGCAUUUGGAGACUUGAAGCUUUGAUCUCC